AACUGGAGAACGUUUGGGCAGCAAAAGAAAGGCCGGACAGUGCUAACUCCGAUCUGUUCGCUCUAGCCCCAAACGAUAGAGAACCAUGGCUUCCACCGUCUGGGGCAGUGCCCCCUGGUGGGGCCCGCCACCCCCAGCCCCAGCCCGGCCGCUCACGGACAUCGACUUCUGCUCUGGCGCCCAGCUGCAGGAGCUCACCCAGUUGAUUCAGGAGCUGGGUGUUCAGGAGAGCUGGAGUGAAGGGCCAAAGCCUGGAGCUGAUCUUCUCCGAGCCAAGGAUUUUGUCUUCUCUCUGCUCGGUCUAGUUCACCGCCAGGACCCUCGUUUUCCACCCCAGGCAGAACUCUUGCUGCUUCGCGGUGGGAUUCGCGAAGGCUCCCUAGAUUUAGGGCAUGCCCCCUUAGGUCCCUACGCCCGGGGACCUCAUUAUGAUACCGGCUUUACACUCCUUGUGCCUGUGUUUUCUCUGGAUGGCACUGGGCCUGAGCUGUUACUAGAUCUGGAAUCCUGUUAUGCGUGGCUCCGCCUUCCAGAGCUGAUGUACGGAAUUUCGGUCCGGGAGGCCUGGCAGGAUUGCCUAGGACCCCCUGUCCCAGAAGAAAGUGAUUUGACUCACCAAACCCAUGGCGAAGAGAAUCCCACUGAGCAGGAAAGCGCUGUAGACCAGUCACAUGACCAUGUCCCUGAGCCUGAGCCUCACACAUCUGUGGAAAAAUCUAGUAACCUUUCAGGGCCCCAAUCGCCUUACAAUGACAUGAAUCUUGAAACUCCUGAACCAUUGAAAACACUGAGUAGUGACGCCUUGGAAGCCGAUGAAAGACCAGUCCCAAAGCCGUCGGAGGCUCCGAAGGCAUGGCCCACAUUAUGCCCUACCCAAGUGGCUGCAUGGUUCUUCGUUAAGCUGACUGAGGUCGCUGAGUCCCUGAUCCCGGUCCCGGGCGCCCCGCGGUUAGUUCACGCUGCUCGCCACGCGGGUGUUACCACGGUCCUCCUGGCAACUCCGGAGCCCCCACGCCACCUCCUGCUCUUCGACCUGAUCCCGGUGGUGACUGUGACAGGCUGGCCUGACAGCGCUCGGAGCCACUCGUGGGCGGGUCCACUGGCCUCCGAGUCCGCUUCUUUCUACCUAGUGCCGGGCAGCCUCCCUGAGCAGCAGGGCACCCCUGGAUGGCAGCUGUGCUUCGCCCGCCAGGAGCUGGCGCUCAAAGCGCGUAUCCCCUCGCCGCUGCUUCAAGCACACGCGGCGGCCCAGGCGCUGCUGCGCCCGCUGGUGGCGGGGACACGGGCCGCCGCGCCCUAUCUUCUGCGGACCUUGCUCUACUGGGCGUGCGAGCGGCUCCCUGCGCUCUACCUGGCUCGGCCGGAAAAUGCCGGCGCUUGUUGCCUUGGGCUACUGGAUGAGCUAAGCCGAGUGCUCGAGGCCGGGACGCUGCCUCAUUAUUUUUUGAGCGGCCGAAAGCUCUCUACCGGAGAUGGCUCCGCUGCCCUGCGCGGGGCUUUGGCCCAGCUCCGCGGAGACCCUGCCCAGGCCUUGCGUGAGGCGGUGGAGGAAGCCAAGGCUGCCCGCAAAGGGGGCGGUUUAGCGGGCAUAGGGGGCGGAACCCAUUAAAGAUUCUACUCUGACGGACU